GUCUUCGCUCUGGAGUGGUUCUUGCUCGAGGAGCAAAGUCACGUGGGACCUGAUGGGCGUGGUUUCGGAUCAUUCUCCAUCGGCGCUGAGCAGAGCCUCGAAGAACCGCGGUACGGGUUUCUGGUCAAGAUCUUGGUUUUAAUCAUUUUAGAAAUGGAUCUGAACAGGCCCAGAAGUAUUAAUCAGACUGUACCUCCCUUUAAGUUGUCGAAUGGAUACAUUUUGCCUGAGGGUAAACUGACGCCCAACAGCCUUUUUGUUGGUGGGAUCGACAUGAAGGUGGAUGAAGAUGAAAUAAAGGAGUUCUUUGCCAGAUAUGGUUCAGUAAGGGAAGUCAAGAUCAUCAGGUACCGCGGGGGGCUCUGCAAAGGAUAUGGGUUUGUGUACUUCAGCGAAGAUGUAAACAUCCAGUCAAUCAUUGAGCAACAAAUCGUUUUUAUGGGUCGGAAGCUCAAGCUGGGCCCGGCUAUUUUGAAAGAAAAGAGGCCUCGGUCCAUUCCGCCUAGCUUCGUUGGACAUAGUGCCUGGGUGAAUCCCACCCAGUACAUUUACUGCGCUUGCUGUCCCCCAUUAGGGGGGGUGACACAACCCUCACCCAUUGUCAAUGGAGGCAGCCCAUAUAAUCAGCCGUAUUCAUACACCAACUUUGCCGGGUUGAUGAUUCCACAGAUGCCGGUGGGCUAUGCUCAGAACCCCUACACUCACCAGUACACCACACCAGCAUGGACCACAGACCAGCGGACACAGCAUGUCAAUCAGAGCUUUGUGGACUGUGGAGUCCAGACAAUGCGAACGGUGCUGUAGUUGCAGCGUCUGGGCUCAGCUGGAGGUGUUUUUUUAAGGAGUCAAGACCACCUUGAAGUUCUGGACAUCAGGAACCCUGCUCUUUGGGUGGUUUUCAGAAUGCCUUCACCGCCUUCACCUCAAAAUUUCAAGAGCCAUUUUAGCACCAACUUUAUUAUUUUUUUUUCAACCACAACACUGGAUCACUUUCUUUCUUUUGAGGCAAAAAAUGAAAAGACUUUAAAGUUCACUUUUGUGCUUAUUUAAAUUUUAUAUAUAUAUAUAUAUUUUGGAAUUUAUCUUAAAGGUUUCUUUGGUUUGGGUAUUAAUAAUAUAAAGGCUUUCUCUACAUACAUGUGUCGAUUGUAACAAAACAUUGCCUUCAAUUUAGUUUUAGCUUUAAUUCAGGUCCUUCACUUUCAUAAACUUUAACAUAAACAAUUAUUUUAAAGCACUGUUUGUUUUUGUACUUCACCUAUUUUGGGUUUUUAGUUUGUGUAUCGGUUCCAGAAGUUCACACACCAUCACUGCUAAACUUUGAGUUUCAAGACUCAAAUCAACUGAAUUCUGGAGGAAACUAUAUGAAGUGAAGGAAUAAUGGAGCCAUUUUUGUUUCUUUUUUCACGUCAUUGUUCACUAAAGUUCACUGUUUCACUGUCUCAAGCACAACUUGACGGAUUUUAGGCGAAAACUUUACUUGUCGUCUUAACUUUUAGACGGUGAGAUGUUAUCGAUGAUGCACAGUUUGUCUUCUGUAGAUUUUAAUUGGCGCUGUCUUUGAGGUAAUUGUGUCAAGAUGUUUGUUGUGAGAGCCUGAACACUGUUUGUUUGUUUUUGUUGUGUAGGCUUUCUGUUAAAUAAAGGUUGAAUUUGUAUUUUCA